UCCUACUCGAGUCUUGACCCUCUCAAGAAAGGAAGGAGGAGCCCCGUCUCGUCACUCCACUGACACCGCCACUCGCCUACAAACGCUAAACAACACAGCACGCAUUGUUGUUCUUUGCUGGGUUGUGGGGUUGCUUGUUUUGGAGUGACAGAGCCAAAGACUCAAGCUUUAGAUCCGCCCCGCACUGUCUUGGCCACUUAACCAAGAGAUAAGAUGGUUGCACAGGAGUUUACAGUUGAUUUAAAUAAGCCUCUUGUCUUCCAGGUUGGUCAUCUUGGAGAAGCUUAUCAAGAUUGGGUUCACCGGGCUAUCCCUACCAAGGAAGGCCCUCGAUUUUUUGAGAGUGAUUUUUGGGAGUUCCUGACACGAACAGUCUGGUGGGCAAUUCCAGUCAUUUGGCUGCCAGUUAUAUGCUGGUGCCUUUCAUUGUCUUUCCGGAUGGGGCAUACCCUUUCUGAGUUAGCUAUGAUGGUCGUGGGUGGCAUAUUUGUGUGGACGUUGAUGGAAUACUGUUUGCACCGCUUCCUCUUUCACAUCAAAACAAAGACUUAUUGGUGGAACACUAUACACUAUCUUCUUCAUGGUUGCCACCACAAACAUCCCAUGGAUGGCCUCCGGCUUGUUUUUCCUCCUGCUGCAACAGCUGUUCUUUGUAUACCUCUGUAUAAUUUGAUUAAGCUUUUAUCAACACCUUCCGCUGCCCCUGGUGUGUUUGGAGGAGGACUACUAGGCUAUGUGAUAUAUGAUGUCACCCAUUACUACUUGCAUCAUGGCCAGCCUUCAAGUACGGUACCAAAAAACCUAAAGAAGUAUCACUUGAACCAUCACUUUAAGAUCCAAGACAAGGGCUUUGGAAUCACUUCAUCACUCUGGGACAGGAUAUUCGGAACUCUUCCAGGGGCUAAGAUGCCGGAAAAAAGUAAAUAAUUCAAUGUGAAGGAUAUCAUCUGCCAAUUGUUUUCAACUAUUAAUGUUCGGGGGUUAUACAUUUAUUAUGUUCUUGGGCAUUUUUUUUUACUGCUAUUUUAUUUUUCCGUAGUUUGUUGAUGAAUGAUCUCCUGGAUGGACAGGCCAAGAACAACAUCCAUUUUUUGUGGUGUCCAUUUGUAUCAGUUUGAAGUUAUAUAUAAAUAGAAUGUUUGCCUAUUUCAUCUUAA